CUCCAAUGAAAUCUCUAGUACUAUUUUGAUUUGUAAUGGCCUCAUUCACUGAACCAUCGACCAAACUUGUCACAUCUGAAAACCUUCUUUUUGUUGUAAAGUGUACCUGGAACAGGGCAUCUGUUGUAUAAUGGCUGUAGUGUGCAUUACCAUAUGACCAAACUUGUCAUUUCGAUCCCGUUUGUGCAGAUUGGGCUGUUGAAUUUCUUUGCAAAAUGUGAAGUGAUUGGGUGUGCACGUGGGGUGUUCGAUGAAAUUCCUGAGAGGAAUUUGAACAGGCCUUGUAGGAGUAGGAGACUGUUAGUGUGGUGGAUUGGACAUGAGAUAGACCGUCGGCUUUCAUUCUAGUAGUCCACAUCAAAAUCUACUCACGUGAGUGGACUUGAUAGAGCUUGUUUUAGGAAUGGUGUAAGAUGCAGAGGUUAUCUGCUACAAUACAUCCUGAUGUUUGGGUUUUAUAAGUAGGGACUGCAGCAGCUGAUCUCAUGUCACAUUUCAAUGAUCCAUACCGUUUAUAUGAUGGGCCUCAAAGCAGAUGGGGGCUGCUUGGAUGUCCUGCUCACAUUUGGGGCUUAUUCAACAGCUAGAGGCAUGGUGAUCUCAAGGCUGUUUAUUAGAUUCUUUUGGUUUGGACUCAGUUCAGUAUUUGUAACAUAUAUCUACAUGAAGGUUCUGGAGGAAAAGAUAACCGGAACUCAGAUUCUUUCUAUUUUCGGAUUUAUAUUCUUGUAUUGGGAGUUUAUGCCAGCAUACGCAUAUUUCUUGCUUUGCUACUUAAAUUCCCAGCUUGUCACACCUUGUCAGAGAUGUCUGAUCAGUGGUCAUUCUUUCAAUUUUUUAAGUGGAUUUAUCAGGAGCGAUACUAUGUUGGACAGUCUUUAUGAAAGGAUGAGUGAUUACUUCAGGUUCAUUUGCUUAUUUAUUGGUGUGGGAGUAAUUCUCUUUGUCAUUUCUUGUUUUGGUUGUAUUGCAGCAGCGAUCAGGAAUGGGUGCUGCCUAACAUGUUAUUCUAUAUUGGUGAUCUUAUUGGUAUUAGCGGAGCUGGGAUGUGCAGCUUUCAUACUCUUCAACCAUAGCUGGAAAAAUGCGAGUUUAGGGUCUUUUACUCAUUCUUUUAACAUCUUUGGUCUAAUUAUCAGAGUAAAUGGUACAUGA